AUGGCGAACGCGAGCACGCUCAUGGGUGGAGUGGCCUCGAUGUGCAGGCUGGCGCCGGGGAUGCGUGCGAAGCCGUCGCAGCGCCAGGUGGCCGCGUACGCGAGCUCGGCCAAGUUCUUCGUCGGCGGCAACUGGAAGAUGAACGGCGACAAGGCCAGCGUCAGCGAGCUAGUGUCCAACCUCAACGCGGGCUCCGUGCCGGCGAACAUCGACAUCGUCUGCGCCCCGCCGUUUCCCUUCCUCUCCCAGGUCCUGGGGACGCUCGACGCGUCCAAGUUCGCGGUCGCGGCGCAGAACUGCUGGAGCGAGGGCAACGGCGCGUUCACGGGCGAGGUGAGCGCGGACAUGCUCGCGGACCUGUCGGUCCCGUGGGUGAUCCUGGGGCACUCGGAGCGGCGCCUCAUCGUGGGGGAGUCGAACGAGGUCGUGGGCGCCAAGGUGAAGUACGCGCUGUCCAAGGGCCUCAAGGUGCUCCCGUGCAUCGGCGAGACGCUCGAGCAGCGGGAAGCGGGCGAGCUGUGGAACGUGCUCGACGCGCAAAUGCGCGCCAUCGUCAGCAACAUCGAAACGAACCAGUGGAGCGACGUCGUGAUCGCGUACGAGCCCGUCUGGGCCAUCGGUACGGGCGUGGUGGCGUCGCCGGAGCAGGCGCAGGAGGUGCACGCGUGGCUGCGGAAGUGGAUGAUCGACAACGUCGGCGCGGAGAUUGCGGACACCACGCGGAUCCUGUACGGCGGGUCCGUCAAGGGCGCGAACGCGGCCGAGCUCGGCGGGCAGGAGGACGUGGACGGGUUCCUCGUCGGCGGCGCGUCGCUCGACGCCAAGGAGUUCAUUACCAUCUGCAACGCAGCGCAGUGA